AUGACGCCGAAUUUUAGUGAGGAAACCAAUUGGAAAAUCUCAAGAAUUUUUGCAUUGUCCCGAGUUAAUGAUCCGCUAUAUUUAAAGCAAAGUACACCUCACUUUGACUCAGUAUCACACCCCUUCACUUUACCAAGACUCAACUCGCUAGACGACACCGGCUUUGCGACAUCUCAUCCAAUAACUUCAACUUCAGGCUCACUCCUUGAUCCUUGUAGAAGGAUUGCUGAUAGAGUGCUAGACAUUAGAUCACUUGUCGCAUCCUCCUCUUCACUCUCAUCAUCCUCCUCUACCACCACCACCACCACCACCCCCUCUUCCUCUUUGUUCUCAAUCAUUGUCGCCACACCCACCACCAUCUCCUUCUCCUUCUCCCUGUCCCCCUCAUGCUCUUCUUCAACAAAGAGUACUACCAAAAUGGUGAGACAAAAUGGCUCCAAGAGAGUUAUAAGAGCGAAAAAUGAUAAUGACAAUGACAAUAACAAUCACAAGAAGGCUAAGAAUGGUGACGACAGAAAACACCUUGUUUAUCAAGGUGUACGAAUGCGGAGUUGGGGCAAAUGGGUGUCCGAAAUCCGGGAGCCGAGGAAGAAGUCAAGAAUAUGGCUUGGGACUUUCGACACUCCUGAAAUGGCAGCUCGAGCCCACGAUGUGGCUACCAUAGCAAUCAAAGGCCACUCGGCUCAUCUCAACUUCCCGGAGCUGGCUCAUGAACUACCCCGUCCGGAAUCCAAAUUGCCCAAAGAUAUUCAAGCCGCUGCAGCCAAAGCAGCAACCCAACUCGCUACGCCGAGAAUCCAUGAAGCCGAAUCUGAGCUGAUCAUGGCUCUCAUCUCCCUUGAUUAUAUUGAAACUUCUUCACAUUGCACUACUAAGUCAUCAACUUCACCUCUACAUUUUAUGGAUGAUCCAUUUUUCGACUUGAAUGAUAUCUUCAUCGACUUGAAUUAUCAAUUUGAUGAGUUCUGUAGCGCAUUGUCAUGCCAGCUAGUUGGAGAUGAAUCUGUUGAUAGUGAACAUUGGCCUGAAGAACCUUCCUUAUGGGAUUAA